UGCUGGGAGGCUCGUGGACGCCGUGCCGUUACUCGCAGUCAGUCGGGCGGCGGUGCAGGCGGCGGCGGCACAGCGCACACCGUGCGUUAGCAGCAGCAGCAGCAGCAGCAGCAGAAGCGGAGGCUCCCCGGCCGUCACAGCCACUGCGCUGGUGCAGCCACCUUCGUUCCCACUCCUCUUCGUCCCUUCGCUCGCACCAUGGCUGAUCAACUGACUGAGGAACAGAUUGCUGAAUUCAAGGAAGCUUUCUCCCUAUUCGAUAAAGAUGGUGAUGGCACCAUCACAACAAAGGAACUUGGGACUGUCAUGAGGUCACUGGGUCAAAACCCAACAGAAGCAGAGUUGCAGGAUAUGAUCAAUGAAGUGGACGCUGACGGUAACGGCACCAUUGACUUUCCAGAAUUUUUGACUAUGAUGGCUAGAAAAAUGAAAGAUACAGAUAGUGAAGAAGAAAUCCGUGAGGCAUUCCGAGUCUUUGACAAGGAUGGAAAUGGUUACAUCAGUGCAGCAGAGCUACGUCACGUCAUGACAAACUUAGGAGAAAAACUAACAGAUGAAGAAGUAGAUGAAAUGAUCAGAGAAGCAGAUAUUGAUGGAGAUGGACAAGUCAACUAUGAAGAAUUCGUACAGAUGAUGACUGCAAAAUGAAGACCUACUUUCAACUUUUUCCCCCUCUAGAAGAAUCAAAUUGAAUCUUUUACUUACCUCUUGCAAAAAAAAAAAAAAAAAGGAAAAAGUUCAUUUAUUCAUUCUGUUUCUAUAUAGCAAAACUGAAUGUCAAAAGUACCUUCUGUCCACACACACAAAAUCUGCAUGUAUUGGUUGGUGGUCCUGUCCCCUAAAGAUCAAGCUACACAUCAGUUUUACAAUAUAAAUACUUGUACUACCUUAAUGAUAAGGAAGCACUUAGUGGACUCCUUAAAGUUCCAUUUGCUAAUGAUUAAUACACUGUUUGGGCUGGCCAGUUUUUCAUGCAUGCAGCUUGACGAUUGAGCACAGUCAGGCAUUUGUAUUAAAACCAAAAAAUGAAAAAACAUCAAAACCUA